GCAUUUUUAGUCGCUGAUUUCAGCUCAACGCCGCUGGUUUAGACACUUCCCAAAGCUCACCGCUCGAACCAGAGGCUGCAAAUCCUCUGCCCCCACACAAGUACAACCCAUAGCUAGUCGGUAGUCGGUACCCCCCACAGCAGCCAUGUCGAUCUAGAAGGAAUAUUGUAUAGUGUCCAGGAAGCGUACAAGCAGAGUCCACAUCAAGAAGGACUUGAGGAUUGCAGGAUAUUCCCAGAAAAAGCGCAGCACAGAGAUCAUCAGCCAGCAGAAUGUCGCCCAAGGACGGUAGCCUGGAUGAUGCCACAUAUGCCAAAUACACUGUCAAUCAUUCGCCCCCAUCCUCGCCAGCGGCUGCAGCACGACCACCACCGGAACCGGCUGCUUCCGCUGCGGGCCAGGAAAAGAUGACACCAAAAGCAACAACAACAACAACAGCAACAGAUACAACAACAACAACAACAACGCCCGUUAAGCGAACAUGGCGCGAAAAGUUUCGCCUGAUAUCCAACAAUAUCACGGUGGAGCCCAUUCUCGCGUCGUACAUUAUGCCCAGCGUGCUGUCCAAUUUGGCCACACAGAAUCUCAAUCUGGAGAAGGCCUGUCGCGUGAACAUGGCAUACGGGGAUGUGGUGUGCGAUGCCCUAACCCGCCGCCAGACAGCCAAUUAUACCAUGGAAGAGGAAACGGUUCAGCAGAUGGUGGCUCGCAUGGCCGCCUGGAAGACAGUGAUCCAAUCGAUGUUCCCCUGCCUGUUGAUCCUCUUUUGGGGCUCGUGGAGCGAUCGCCAUCGCCGUCGCAAGCCCUGCAUGCUCAUCCCAGUGGUGGGGGAAUUUCUGGGCGUUGUGGGUCUCAUGCUGUGCGUUUACUUUGAGAAUACACCCAUGGAGGUGGCGGCCCUGACCGAGGCCAUCUUUCCCUCCCUCAGUGGGGGCUGGUUCACCAUGCUGAUGGGCGUUUUCAGCUACAUUGCGGACAUCACCACCGAAGAGGAGCGCACUCUAAGGAUUGGCAUACUCAACGUAUGCUUCUCUGUGGGUGUGCCCAUUGGUAUGGCCUUCAGUGGGGUCCUACUCAAGCAAAUCGGGUUCUACGGCGUCUUCUCCAUAUCGGCGUUCUUCUAUGUGGUGGCCUUUGUGUAUGGUUUCUGGUUCCUGGAGGAGCCGGUGGCCAGGCCCGAGAAGAGUCCCACGCAGAAGAGUCUGCUGGCCGAUUUCUUCGACAAGGAGCAUGUGGUCCAGACAUUCCGUGUGGCCUUCAAGAAGGGCGAGAAUCAACGCCGCAAGCGCGUCAUUCUCCUGAUGAUCGUCGUGAUGGUGAUCAUUGGUCCGCUGCACGGCGAAAUGGCUGUGACGUAUCUGUUCACGAGGUUCCGCUUCAACUGGUCGGAGGUGGAGUUCAGUUUCUUCUCCACCUAUGCCAUGUUCACGGGCCUCAUCGGCGUGAUCUUCUGCGUGGGCAUCCUGUCGCACAAGCUGGGCAUCGACGAUGCCCUGGUGGGCGUCCUCUCGAGCACCUCGAAGAUCCUGUCCGGGUUUGUCUAUGCCUUUGCCACGGUGCCGUGGCACAUGUAUCUGGGCGGCCUGGUGGAGAUCUUCAACGGCACGGCCUUCAUUGCCAUGCGCUCGAUAGCCACGAAGCUCGUGUCCAAGGACGAGCUGGGGAAAGUGAACUCUCUGUUCGGUGUGGCGGAGGCCCUUAUGCCCAUGGUCUUUGCCCCCAUGUACACGACGCUGUAUGCGGCCACACUGAGGGUGCUGCCGGGCGCCUUCUUUCUGCUCGGCGGUGGCCUAACCAUGUUCUCUGUUGUCAUCUUCCUUUGGAUGUACCGCUUCCAGGUGAAGCAACGUCGCCGUCUGGCGCGUACCGAUGCGGAACGCGCCUCCAUCAAGGAUCCCAAUGGCAACAUCAACGCCAUCGAGGCUCUGGCCUUGGCCAGUGAGGCCAAGGGUCAAAUGAAUGGCAUCAUUUCCAAUGUGAUACACGAGUCCCUCGAAUCACAUGCGGAUGCGGAAACUCCACCACCACCGCCGCCUGUGCUGGGCAUUGAGAAUCCGGCCUAUGUCCCAGAGGAGGGCAAGACCAAGGAGGCCUAGAGAGAGGGAUGGAUGGGUAUUUGUCUGUAACAUAUGCGUAUUAUCCUUUUUUCCUAUUGUACAUAUACAUAUUCUGCUGGAAAGGAGUAGACGAAAGGAGACGUUACAAGAGGGUUCCUAACUGAGGAAAGAUUUUCUUUUGGGUUCUAUGUUCGAUCUUUCCAUUGAGACCCAAAUCCGAAGGUGAAUCGUAUACAAAAAUGAAGAUCUUUUUGAUCGAAAUGGCAUUUCGUACUCCACUCGAAAGCAUGCCUCGUAAGCUCCUGAAUCCACCAGCUCUAUCCGUACUUUCUUAUUUUUUUAAAUUAGCCCUAAGUAUUCGCAUAUUAUUGUUUCCAUUGUAAUUAUAAUUUUCCACUUUGCUAUUAUCGAUA